AGAGCGUUUGCGUCGUUUCAAAAGGCCAAGGACGAAGAUGGUUAUGGAAGCACAUUGAUUGAAAUAAGGCAAACGUUUGGCUUUCCUAUUCUCACAAACCGACGAGUACAUCAGCAAUCUUAUGGAAAUGGUUGAAGUUGAACAGCACAAAAAAUGGAGCAGAAAAGAAAACGAGUUUGGAACAGAAGCGUAAAAAAGAGAAUCAUUUUUAAUUUGCUUCGCGAAGCGAAGGUCUUGGUCGAAGUCUGUACAUCUGAUGUGUGGAAAGAAAUGAGUGAAAAAAUUAAUGGAAACUGUUCAGCUCACAAUCUCUACAUUAACGUUAGAGAAGAUCGGCGAGAAAUCUUAAGCAAGGCACGAGCUGAAUUAAAUAUAAUUAUAAAAAAGGAAGCUACUGACAACAUUGAAUUUGAGGAAUCUCUAAAAUCAAACGCAACAUCGUCAGUCUUCGGGUCGGAUGCUGCUGAAAUUAGCCAGGAUAAUUUGAUCGAAUUGGAUUUGAUUUUAUCAGAGGAGGAUUGGGACGUUAUCAAACCAUCUGAGCCACAUGGAAAACGUCAAAGAUGGUAUUUUACGCAAGGUGAAUGGACCAACGGCACAGAAGCAUCAAUGCAUCAAGAAGCAUUUAUUAUGGUCAAUGGAAAACUCGAAGAAUAUCAAAUUGACAGUCUUGACUGGUUGGUGUCCUCAUUCAACAAUAAUUCGAACGGUAUUCUUGCGGACGAGAUGGAUCUUGGCAAAACAAUCCAAACGAUUGUCCUUGUUAUUUAUCUGAUGGAGCUGGAGGAAGUGAAUGGACCGUUUUUGAUUAUCGUCCUACUUUUAACUUUGUCGAAUUGGGUACUCAAGUUUGAGAAAUGGGCACCGAAUGUCAUCUUAGUUUUCUACAAGGGUUUGUCGAUAGUGAGAAGGGCAAUUCAGGCGGCGCAAAUGCGUACAACAAAGUUCAACGUUCUUUUGACAACGGACGAAUAUAUGGUUAAGAACAAAGGCGUUUUGGCAAAACUUCAAUCGAAAUACAUGAUAAUUGAUGAGGAUCACAAAAUGAAGAACCAUCAAUGCACAGAAUCGAGCUCACAGAAUAGGACAGAAAUACGAGGUCCGAGUGCUCCGGUUAAUGACCGUAAACUCUGUGGAAGAAAGAAUUCUGGCAGCAGCACGAGAUACAAACUUAUCAUGGAUGCUGAACGUUUUAUUAUUCAACUCUUUGAAACCUCCGUUAAAGGCAACACGAAUGUUGAAAAGAUGGCUUCAUUAGCUGCAACAAAUUGGCCAAAGCCAAUAGCGCUACUUCCAUGCUUAUCCUAAUGAACGGCUUCCCCAGUGUUUACCCAGGAUGUUAUGAGCACUUCGAUUAAUUGGAUGUAUUUUUAGCUGGUCAACACUUGGUCAAAUAACAUUACCCUCUGCGACUUUGAAAAGAAUGAACAAAGCGAGGGAACAGAAGUUGAUAAAUCGAUGGAAGUUGUCAAAGUUGAUAAAGUUGGGACCGAAAAUAAUAUGAAUGCUUGAAUCGAUGAGGAGAGAUGAGUUGCAACCAAAAUGUUUUCUCUCAAUCUUAUAUAUACGAAAGAUUCAAAUCGAACGAGCCUGAUAAACUGAAAGAAGUUUGGGUUCAGGCGUGGAGUGAUGGAGGAAUGCACGCAUCUUCGUAAUUUCGAGGUUCCUGUCGGUACUUCUUUCAUUAUUGCUAUGUGCGCUAAGGACGACGCUUGCCUGCCAUGCGAGGGCUGCAUGAGUUUCGAAGAAAUUUGGCCUGGUGCUGAAAUUCGUUACAUCGAUGCUGAUCACGUUACGGAAUAUUUGUUACACUAGAAAUUUUUUAGAUCGAUGACAGCUGAAGCUUCUGGACGCUCGUAAAGAAAAAUAUACGAUCGACGAGCGUAGCUGACAGACAAACAAGCCGUUAACCACAGAUUUGCAAUAGAGGAUGAAAGUUGAUUUUUUCAAUCGUCCUGAAAUUAAAGUGUAAAGUGGAAUCGUGCAAAAAAAGGGGAAUCUCUUACAAUUUUAGCACGGUAUUACGAUCAAUGAAAGAGAGGAAGAAGCGUCAACCGAUCCAGACGAACAAGAUCGUGAAUCUAAGAAAGAGCACAAAGCAGGAUGGAUUUUGUGUUUGUCCACUGGGAACCGCGAAAGAAAUUGGGACGGUGGAACUUUGAGUCAAUGAGUAAAAAAACGACAGGAAAUUUAAUUUCGACAAUAGCUUUUGGUCCUUGUCAAGCCUAGAGAAACAGAUGGGUAUAUCAUAUAUAUUGCUCUCUAAAAAUAGACCAGAUAAAUCAAUAAUUUAUUAAAUUAUGAAAUUAAAGUGUAAUUAAAAUUAUGUAGCUGGAAUAAACUCAACAAAAAAAACAACAA